CGCGGAGCACGGCUAAAGUCGCUUUAAAGUGGUGUCUCUCGGGUCGUAUUUAAUAUCAGGUUAUGUUGGGUUUAUCCAAUAUUGAUAGUUUUAUUGUAGACGUGAUACAAUCAAAAUAUUAUCAGUUAUAUAGUAAUUUUUAGAAGUUUUUGUAGGAAACGUGGCCUAGAACAUUAGAGAAAACGAAAGAAAAGGUGACGUUCUUUCGUCAGAGGAACAGAUAUCCAGUGGAAAAGGAAGACGAAAUAUAUAUACUACACGUUAAUAAUCACAUCAUACGUCACAAAGAUUAUAAUUGCGGUAAAAUAUUGGGGCUUCUGCUGUGUGACAGCAUGAAGAUUAAAUUGCUUCAUCGCACAGCGAUACGAUGAUUCGCAGUUUCAUAACAGAAUCGUUGUAAAAGGGAUAAAAAGGAAAGAAAGAUGAGUAGUAUUAAAUUAGAUGUGCAGUGGUCUCCUGUUCAUCAGAAUAAAUUCAUCACAUGGGGUACUGAGAUUAAUUUGUAUGAAGUAGUGCCUCUGGAGGAUAGUUUUGAGCAGUCCUGUCUAAAGAUCUCAGACCACUCUAUUGCUCACCUCCUUGCUACUAACUCCAGUAAUCAUUAUGUCAAGUGUAUUGAUAUAUAUCCAGAACAGGAACCUGACAUCUUGUUAGCAGUUGGUCAUGCAAAUGGAAAGGUAGUUUUAAGUACUUUUGGUCCUACAGCAUAUGAUUCCUUGGGUCUUACAGGAAAGGAAUUUGUGCCAAAGCAUGCAAGAUCUUGUAAUGUAGUUGCAUGGAAUCCUGUGGACAAACAUCUAAUCCUAUCUGGUUUGGACAAACAUAGUAAGGAUCAUUCCGUGCUGUUGUGGGAUAUAGAUAAAAAUCCACAAUAUUCAGAACGAAUGCACCAUCAUGGCAGUAAUCAAAUGGAUUGCAUCAGACCAAUAGCAGAGUUGGGUGUAUCAGAAACUAUACAUUCUGCUGCUUGGUUCAAACAUGAUCCAAAAUGUCUAGUUCUUGGUGCCAAUAACAAACAGCUGAAAAUGCUUGACUUUAGAGAUUCUGCCAGAGUAGUAAAUGUCACUCCUACAAAGGCUGUUUACAAUGUAUCAGUAAACCCCUAUCAUACCCAUCAUUUAGUUUCACAUGUUGAUAAUCAAAUCACAAUGUGGGAUAUCCGAUGUUUUGAUAAGCCUGUUCUUACCUUGGUGCAAUUAAAACAGAUAACAAAGGUUCUCUGGUGUCCUACUAGACGCAAUCUCCUUGGUGCUUUGCAGAAAGAUUCAGGAGCAUUACAUCUGUAUGACAUACAAAACAGUGGAGGAGAAGAUACAGAGCCUGGCGUCUUGGAGAGGGCGGUUGUACCAUCCUGGCACAUUCCCGUGAACUUUUCGUGGCAUCCGACACAUGUAAAUCGAUUACUGGCAAUAUCUCAACAAGGCAUAACUGAUUACACUGUGUGGGAGAGGAUAACAGUUAGCUGGUCCUCUGGAUCGCGUCUGACGUGGAAUCAUGCAUUCAAAUCGUUGAAAUACAUAAAUAGUGAGGAUAACACGUACAAGACAUUGGACGACAUUGCGAUUUUAACUAAGAAACGCGCCAAUGCGGAAUAUGGUUUGCUUCCGGAUUUAGCGCAAAACGGGGAAUUAGCCGAGAGCGAGACUUUAAAGCAUUUAUGGCAAUGGUUGUAUCUGAGCGGCGCCUUGGUGGAAGACGGCACUAUCCACAGCGUCGACAAUAAGCAUCCCGGUAUAAGAACAGUUCUGAAAUUAGACGGUCAGCAGAAUCCGGUCAAUGGUUUCUUGAAGUCUGAACUGAUUCAUCGCUCGUGGACGGACAUAGGUUCCAAUCACACGGCGAAGAUCUAUAGAUCCGCGGACAGAGACAAGAGUCUUCUUCUAUGUGGUUUGCGAUUCGACAAAGAGACCAACGGUCUAUACGAUAAUACAUAUCUGGAAGGGCUGGAAAGAGAGGGCGCGUACGCAAGAGCAGCGGCACUCGCGGUGUUCAAUCUUUGCCUCAGACAGGCGAUAGAAAUCUUGAAUCGAGGUGCCAGUAAAUUAUCCAUGACCGCCAAUCUAGAUAUCGUGGCUAUGGCAUUGUCCGGCUUUUCUGAAGACCGCAACAGCAUGUGGAGGGAAUCCUGUUUGAAAUCUAGAUCUCAAUUGCCGGAUCCUUACCUGAGAGCGACAUUCGCCUUCUUAACCGCAGACAAUGAUUCCUAUGAGAAUGUACUUAACGAAAGCGGCAUGGCUGUUGAAGAUCGAGUAGCGUUCGCCCUGAUGUUCUUAUCGGACAGUAAGCUGCACGAUUACUUGAAGAGAUUGACACAGAAAUUAACCGAAGAGGGAAAUCUAGCAGGCUUCUUGCUUACAGGUGCGAGUGUGGAAGGUAUACAGUUGUUAAAUAGAUACUUAGAGAUCACCGGGGACGCUCAGAGUUGUAGUUUAAUCGCUAUUAGAGCCUUAACGCCUAAAUUGCUUCAGGAGAAUCAAGUUCAAGUGUGGAUUGCCAAUUACAGGAAUCUCUUAGACGCGUGGAAGAUGUGGAAUCAAAGAGCUCAAUUCGACAUUGCUAUGAAGUCCUCCACAAACGAGAGUCCGCCACAGCAGAUAUAUGUUUCUUGUAAUUUCUGCGGCAAGAGCAUCGCGGCUUUCAUGCAAGGUCUGAGCAGAGCACGAGCUCCGUUUGGUAGAUUAGGCAGCACUUCUAACAAAUUGAAAAUGUCGGCGUGCCCGAAUUGUCGCAAACCUUUGCCGCGCUGCGCAAUAUGUUUGAUGUACAUGGGCACCGUCAGCGGACUGACCACCUCCAGCGUUAAUCGCAGCGAGGAUUGCGAUAGCAAGCUCACGGAAUUUAAUAACUGGUUCACAUGGUGUCAAACGUGCAAGCACGGGGGACACGCCGAGCACAUUACUCAAUGGUUUCGGUAAGAAGUUACCGAUUACGUUCGUAUCGACAUGAAACGACAACAUUCUGAAUGUCCAGUAACAUCGUGCACUUGCCGCUGUUUGUCAUUGGAUACAUCCGCUAAAUAAGAGUGAGUAUCGUGCAGAUUUCUUCAUAUUUUUAAACAAGAGUGAUAAUGAGUGGGUUUCUUAUGGUUUCAGGAUUUUUUAUAAUUUGUAUACUUAAUAGAUGUACUUAUAGUGCUUCAUGUACAGAAAAAAGAAUAAUGUUCUGAUGAUUUCCUUCACACACAACAGCACUCUUUGUUAUUUUGCAGAAAGCGUACAUACUACUAUGUUAAAUGGAAUGUAAAAAAUGUAAACAAUGAACACAGUAAAUAAUUUUUACAUAAU